AUGGCUCCAACUGCUGUUAACGGAACUCCUUCCCCUGAACGUGCUUUCAGCUAUGCUGAUGCUGCGAAAAAAUCAUCGGAUUCAACUGGCGGUAGGGACCAUUCUCCUUCAGAAUCGGCUAAGCCGAACUCUCACCACAACGACAUUUCCUCAAAAGCGGUAGAAAUUGUAGGCUCACAAGGAAGUUCGGGUGCUGAAAUUCCCAAUGGAACUGCUUCCUCAACAGGCUUAUCGUUCUUUUAUGAUGAGAACGAAGCCACAAAUACGGAUCAUAAACCUUCAGAAGAUAAUGCGUUUGUGUUGAACUUGGGUGGUAAAACCGUCCGGUUUGCGAAAGGGUUGGCUGCAAAUAAUGUGGAGCCUAAUCAACGUCAUUUGUCAAUGAUAGAGCUGAUGACGCAACGAUGGGAAUCCUUCCUCAAAGGGCCAGCACCUAUGCAUUACACCGCAAAACCUUCUCCGGUAUAA